AUGAAAUCAGCCUCUCAACUUUCAUGUCUCCUUCUCAAAAAACGAUUUGUUCCUAAAAUGAAAGACAUAUUAGAAACAGAGGAUCAAGUGUCACACAAAGAUAUUGUAGAGUAUAUUAAAAAUGGAGUAAAAGAUGAAAAAAUAUUAAAAGAAGUGCCAAAUGCUGAACAAAGUACUGUUGAUGCACAAGUACUAUCAGGUACUUUUACUCACACAUGGCCUCCAGUCACUUCAGAAGGAUGUUUAAAAGAUACUAUCAUGUUUGUUUAUAUAAAAGUACAAAUUGAAGGAGAAACUGCUAUUGUUGCAAGAACAUAUGGGGUUGAUGUCAGCAAAGAAAUAAAACACACGUACAAUCAAUUAUUAAGAUUAGAACAGACGUUAGCAAGUAAAUAUAAAUCAGGAAUAAAAGUUGACACUAAAGUAAUUGAAGUAGCAGGGUUAAGUCAGCAAGUCGAGAUUAUUAAAGGAGAAGAAAUAUUAAAAGAAGGAAGUGUUAUAAUGAUUCGAGUUUGGAGUGGUCAAUUAAUGAUUUGUGAUACAUGUUAUAUUGGUAGCAAAGGAGUUAUUAAUUUAACUAAAUUUGUUGGUAGUAAUAGUUCUAGUGUAUUCUUCUCAUUUAAAGAUGAAGAAGAACCAGCAGAAGUAUUAUCUAAAUUCAGAGAUAAGAAACAACAAGAAGACGAAGAUGAGUUAAAAGAAUAUGAACAACAAAGAAAAGAAACUAUGAAAGAAGAACAUAGACCAAAAGUAGAAACAUUAAAAAAAGAAAAAAUUAAAGCAAUAUGUUAUAAUAGUCAAAAAGAAAUGCCUUCAAAAAAUGCAUUAUACAUUAAUUCUGAUGUAAAAAAAUAUGCUAUUUUAUUACCGAUUAAUGGCAAAUUAGUUCCAUUUCAUGUUGCAUAUAUUAAAAAUAUUACUACAAGAGAAGGAUUUUUCCGUAUUAAUUUUAAUGUUCCUAGAGAGACUGAAGAAGGAACAGUUUAUGUAAAAGAAUUAUCGUUUCAUGUAAGAGAUUCAGAUAGAAUUUCAAGAAUAGAAAAUGACUGGAAAGAAAUGAAAAAAAAGUGGAAUGAAGAAGAGAAGAUUAGGAAUAUUAGAGGAAUGAAAGAAGAGAAAUUGGUGUUAAGAAAAGAAAGUGUUCCAAUACUUAGAUCAGUUUGUAUUAAUCCAGUGUUAAAAGGAAAAAGAACUGAAGGUAUUCUUGAAGCACACAUGAAUGGAUUUAGAUUUGUUUCAUCAGGUGGAAAUGUAGAACUAAUGUAUGAUAAUAUUCAACACGCCUUUUUCCAAAACGGUGAUACAGAAACAGUUAUAUUAUUACAUUUUCAUAUGGACCCACCAGUUAUUAUUCAAAACAGGCCUAUAUCAGACAUUCAAUUUUAUAAUGAAAUUAUGGAUAUUUCACUUAAUAUUGAUCGUGGAGAUAGGUAUUAUAGCGAAGCAGAAGAAGCAAGAGAAGAAGAAAGAGAAAAAAGAAUUCGUGCAAAAUAUAAUCAUUUAUAUGCUGAAUUCUUAACAAAAGUAAAAGAAAAAGAUAUUCCUGUUAGUUUUGAAGUUCCUUUCAGAGAAUUAAAGUUUGGAGGAACAAUCAAAAGAAAUACAGCCACUUUAGUUCCAACUGUUAAAUGUCUUAUUAAUAUUUCUGAUGCACCGUAUAAGGUUAUUGAAUUAGAUACAAUAGAAGUUGUGGUAUUUGAAAGAUUAUCAAGAAGCCUUACAUUAAAAAAUUUUGAUAUGGUUGUAAUUUUUAAAGACCAUCACAAACCAGUAUUACAAAUUAGUUCAGUUUCAAAAACUGAUUUAGACCAUAUCAAAAAAUGGUUAAAUAAAUGUGAAAUCAAAAGUUAUGAAACAGUCCAGAGUUUAAAUUGGGUAAAUAUUAUGGAAGCGGUUAAUUCAGAUCCAGUAGCUUUUGCUGAGAAAGGUUGGUCAUUCUUAGAUGCAGACAAUACAAAAUCUGAUAGUGAAGAAUCAGAAGAAGUCUUUGAACCUGAUGAAGAGUUAGAAAAAGAAUUAGAUGCAGAGGAUGACCUUUCUACUGAUCUUUCAAGUGAAGAGGAAUCAAGCUCAAGCAGUGAAGAAGAGGAUGAUGAUGGAGAAAGUUGGUCUGAUCUAGAAAGAGAAGCUAUUAAAGACGAUCUUGUCAAAGACAGAGAAGAACAUGAGAUGAUAGGUAGAGCUCAAAUGAUGAAACAACGUCAAAGAGUUCAACAAAGAAGACCAUCACAACAACGAAGCACUACAAUACAAAAUUUCUUCAAGAAAACAUCAACAACUCCAACAACAUCCUCUUCUAAUAAUUCUAGAUUACAACCGAUUAAAAUUAAUAAAGCAUUUGUUCCUACAAAGAAGCCAAGUAACUUAGGAGGGAUAAAACGUCCAUUCUCAAGUAAUUAUGCAGGAACGAAGAAACCUUAA